UGCUAGUGCUGCUAGUGCAAGUCAAGCAGGAGCACUGAAACCAACCUCCAUCCAUUGACACGCUCGCAUCAUUCGCUCAUGUUGCUAAAUGCUAAAUACUUCUGUACUCAUACUAUUACGUCUUCCUAUUUCAAGUUAGACACGCUGCCGUGAUGCCUUUACCUGUUGCCUGCUGCUGCUCAGGUAGAGUAGAGAGCACAGCAGUAAUACCCAUGCAUGCAUCAGGUGCUGCUGCUGCUUCAGGCCUUCAAGAGCCACUAGUAGCCCACGGCCUCUAUAAACACAGGCCGCUCGUACCGUCCUCUGAUGCAGCAUUUCUUCUCGAGGCAAAGAAAUUACUAACACACUCGGUUCUCUUCGCUACCGCGGAGAGAGCAUAUAUCUUUGAGAUCAUGGGAGGGUCGAUGUGGAUGAGGUACGCGCCGCACAACAUGAUGAUCCUGGUGCAGCUGUCCUACACCUUGAUGUACUUCGUCACGGAGGACGCCUUCAACCGGGGCCUCAACCCCUACGUUUACGUGACCUACCGGCACCUCCUCGUCGCCCUCCUCCUCUGCCCGUUCGCCUACUUCCAUGAAAAGAAGUUGAGGCCCAAGAUGACGUUGAUGCUGUUCCUGGAGAUUUUUGUGCUCUCCCUUCUGGGGGUGAGCUUGACUCUGAACAUGUACUUCGCGAGCCUCAAGUACACGUCCCCAACAUUCGUCACCGCCAUGGCGAACACCGUCGCCUCCAUCACCUUCGCCAUCGCCAUCGUCCUCAGGAUGGAGAUCGUGGACGUGAAGAGCCCGCGAGGCCUGGCGAAGGUCGCGGGCACGGCGGUGUCGUUCGCCGGAGUGACCACCAUGACCUUCUACAAAGGAGCAGCCAUCGCGAGCCCAUGGAAGGCGCCCAUCCACAUCCACGGCAGCAACGCCGUGCACGGUAGCUGGGUCAAAGGGUCGCUCCUCGCCGUGGCCAGCUGCGUCUGCUGGUCGAUCUGGUACAUCAUGCAGGCGGGGUCCGUGGAGAGGUACCCGGCGGAGCUGUCGCUGACGGCGUGGAUGGCCACGGUCGGGGGGAUACAGUCGGCUGCCUUCACGGUGUUGCUGCAGCACAGGAAGGAGGACUGGCUCGUAGGGUUCGGCCUCAACUUCUGGUGCAUCAUAUACUCUUGUGUGUGUGUUCUUGGUUCAGGGGAUCGCGUGCAGUGGCUUCGCGGUGUUCGCGCAGCUGUGGUGCACGGAGAAGAAAGGCCCUGUCUUCGUCACCAUGUUCAACCCCGUCUCCACCAUCAUGGUCGCCAUCCUGGCCUACUUCAUCUGCGGCGAAAAUCUUUACGUCGGAAGCAUAAUCGGAGGAGGGGUGGUCAUACUGGGCAUGUACAUGCUGCUGUGGGGCAAGGACAAAGAUCAAGAGUACAACGCGAGCAGCAGCAAGGAGCUGCAGGGGUCCGAUCUGGACUGGGAGAAGCAGGCAAAGAUGGCCGACGUUUCUUCAGUACAGAACGAUUCUCAGCCAGAGACGAAGACGAUGACAUAGAAGGGUUGGGUCGCCAUCGUUUCUUCAGCACAGAACUGUACCUGCCUGAACCGCGUGCAUUCCGAUUUUUGGUUUUCUGGUGCACUGGCGUUUUAGUGCCUUCCAGAAAUCCUAACUAGGAGUACCACAAUUCUGCAACCUAUUGGGAGAAACAUUUGUGGCGUGGAUAAUCCACUAACGGUUUGCCAGACGGCCCAGACCCAGAAGUAAGUAGUCUGAGAGGUUGGGUAUACCAGUUCAGGUAGCUUCCCUGAAUCGGAAUACGCCCGUCUACGCUUUUGUUCCAAGUACGUGCUGUGUUCGGCCAAAUGCGGCUUGUCUCCGUGAGAAACCUCAUAAAACGAAUAUAAAAAAAUUGCACGAGCA